CUAAACAUGCAUUGGAGCCUGCGGCCGUAAGUUGGCCGCCGCCACACUUACGCGCUGUUUUGUAAGCUUUACAAGCUGCAUACAGCUUCAUCCAUCGAUAAGAUCGUAUAAUCAGCUUUGGCAGUGCUCGAGCUGACGCUUUGGUCCGUGGACCAUUGUCGCGAUGGCCAGCGCUGUGUCAAAGGCGCUGAUAAACGCGCGUCAGAAAUGCCUAUCAGAGGAGGAGGCGUAUUGGGACCCCAAACCCGAUUUCUCCCGGCCCAUCAGCGCCCGCAAUGAGGCCGCGGCGCUGUCCUGGCUGCUGGACCACCAAGCAGUCGUGUGCCGCGGCGGCGCUGCUGACGUGGCGGAGCUGCAUGCGCUGUGUGCGGACUACUGCACCCGCCUGGGCGCACUGGCGCCGCCCGAGCAGCAGCGGCAGCAGGGAGUGGAGGCGGAGGCAGAGGCGGGGGCGCAGGGCGAGGGGGAGGAACCGAGCUCUUCGGGGCGCACGUUUGAGGAGGCCUCGGCGGAGGCGGCACUGCAGCGGUGGUGCACGGACAAGGGCCUCAAGGCUAUGGGCUCACCCGCCCUCUUCGCCGCCGCAGCCCCCGCCGCCGUAGCCCCCGCAGCUGUUGCCGGAGGUGGGGCCGGGUCUGGGGAAGCGGCCACGCGGGCGCCGCCGCUGCGCGGGCUGCGUGCCGACACGGGUGUGGGCCCGGGCGAUGUGGUGCUGCACGUGCCCGUGGAGCUGCUCAUGUCGUACGAGACGGCGAAGGAGUCCGACCUGGGCAAGGUGCUGACUGCUCUGCCCCUGGGCCUGGGCGACGACUCCGUUGCGCUCAUAUGGACGUGUGUGGAGCGGCGGGAGCCCGAGGCGCCGGCGGCGGCCUGGUGGGCAUCGCUGCCGCAGCGCUUCUCCACAGUGCUGUCCGCGUCUGACGCGGACGUAGAUGCCGCGCUGGCGGGUUCGCCGCUGGCGGCGGAGGCGGGCCAGGCGCGGCGGCACCUGGCGGAGGCGUUCGCCGCGUCGCAGCCGGCCUUCGAGUCGCUCCUCAAGGCCUACCCGGACUACUUCCAGCCUCACUGGUUCAGCUGGGAGUCGUACCUGUGGGCGGCCGAGCUGUGGUACUCGUACGGCAUACAGGUUCAGGUGGCCGCCGGCGACAUCCGCACCUGCCUGGUUCCCUACCUGGGCCUCAUGAACCACCACCCGCUGCCGCACGUGGUGCACUUCAGCAAGGUGGACCCAGCCAGCCGCGGACUCAGGGUUCGUGCCUUCCGCCCCUGCGCCCGAGGCCGCCAGCUGUUUCUGUCGUACGGGCCGUACCCCAACUCCAAGCUCCUGCUGUUCUACGGCUUCGCGCUGCCAGACAACCCUGUGGAUGAGGUCGAGCUGGGGGAGCUCAAGAUGCCGUCUGGGCCGUCUGGCACCGACCGGAGAGCGCUGCUGGCCGCCGCCGGCACCAGCCUGGAGGGCCACCGGCUGCGGCUGCCGCCGCCGGGCGCCGCCGCGUCUGCUUGCGUGUCGCCAUCGCUGCUGGCGGCGGCUCGUGUGCUGGCGGCGUCUACGGAUCAACUCCGGGGGCUCAAGGCACUGCCGCCGGCACAGCUGAAGGCGCGACUGACGGCGCCGCUGCAAACGGCGGCGCAGGAUGGGGCGAGCAAGGAGGGCGCGGCGGCGACGACGCUCGACGCCGCGGCUCUAGCGCUGCUGCAGAAGCGAGUGGGCGAGCUGCUGGCGCCGGCGGCGGCGUGUGCCGCGCGCCUGCGGGAGUGCGGUGGCCACGCGCCAGCAAUAGCAGCGGCAGCAGCAGAGGAGCAGCAGCGUUCGACGUUACAGCACUUUGCGGGGAUCUACAUCUCUGGGGUGGUUGGCAUCUUGGAGGCCGCACAGAGGUACCUGCAGUCGUUGCAGCCUGCGGCUAGUGCGGCGACGGCUGCCGCAUCGACGUAGGAUUGCGGUGUGCUGUGCCGCGGCAUGACCAUGGCCAGUAGGGGUGUCGGGUGGUGGAAGCCUGCGUGAACGACGAGCGUGUGUCUAUGAAUGUUGGAAAUGGUGCUUGCGGCUGCAGGGGGACUUCAGGGCGAAGGCGGUGCUCGACGGUUGCGGGACGUUGCGGGGCGGGCACGCGGGAAAGUUCGCUUCUGCGUCGAUCGCGACAACGUUACUCGUAUGCAAAAGAUUCGAUCAUGCUUCACUGAGCUGUCAUUGUAACUUUGUUUCCCG